AUGGCGUCGAGCGUGAGAGAGGAGAAAGAGAGAAGGGACGCCACUUUUAGGAUGGGCAAUGGAUGUAUUGGUAAAACUUUUAUAUGGAAGUUUUUGUCAGCCGAGAUUCGUUCUAAGGGUGAUAUUGUUUUAAACGUGGCAUCCAGUGGCAUAGCUUCUUUACUUUUGCCUGGAGGUAGAACAGUUCAUUCUCGAUUUAAGAUUCCCAUCAUUGUUAAUGAAGAUUCUAUGUGCAAUAUAAAACCAGGGAGUGCACUUGCUGAACUGAUUGUAAGAGCUAAGCUUAUCAUAUGGGAUGAAGCUCCGAUGAUUCAUAAACAUUGCGUACAAGCCGUGGAUAGGACUUUCAGAGAUAUCAUGCGUGUAUGUAAUGAGCUCAGUACAGACAAACCCUUUGGCGGAAAAACAGUAGUUUUUGGUGGUGACUUCAGACAAAUCUUAACAGUUGUUCCUAAGGGUAGUAGGCAAGAUGUUGUGAAUGCCGCUAUUAACUCUUCAUAUCUUUGGAGGAAUUGCACAGUUCUGAGGUUGACCAAAAACAUGCGACUUUUGAGUGUUGCAUCUUCUGAUGAAGUUUCACGAUUGAAGGAAUUUUCUUCUUGGGUUGCUUCUAUUGGAGAUGGAGUUGUUGGUGGUCCAAAUGAUGGUGAAGUGACUAUUGAUCUUCCUUCUGACAUUGUUUUGUCUAAUUCUGGGGAUCCUCUUAGAACAAUUGUUUCAACGAUAUAUCCGUCCUAUAUGAACCAUGAAGAGUUGAGUAAUUGUUUGCAUGAUCGUGCCAUACUUGCUCAUACUUUAGAGGUUGUUGAUGGGGUUAACCAAUUCAUGAUGACGUUGAAUCAGUCUCAGGGUCGGGUUUAUUUGAGUUAUGAUAGUAUCUCAAACUCAGAUUUGACCUCAAAUGGCUUAGCUGAGAUACAUUCUGUUGAAUUUUUUUAA